GUCAGCUGUGUACGUACAAUUACCGCAUCUACGGUGCUCAAACCGCUAAAAACUCAAAUCUGAACCCCUCGUUCACAGACUUUGGUAAAGCGUGUUACUGUUACUCUUAUUGUUUGCUAGGCUAACUGGUUUGUUUGUAAGGGUAGCAGCGGAUUUUGAAUGGCUGUCUGCUGCUAGCUUGACGCUAACUGUCAGAGGAGAAGAUCAGAGCAGUUUUUGUACGGAAUCCUGCUCAGAGGAUGGACAGUGAAAUCCAACGAGAUGGCAGAGUCCUGGACCUCACCGACGAUGCCUGGAGGGAAGACAGACUGCCCUAUGAAGAUGUCACCAUCCCGCUGAGUGAACUGCCUGAGGCUGAGCAGGACAACGGGGGCUCCACAGAGUCUGUGAAAGAACAAGAGAUGAAGUGGACAGACCUCGCCCUGCAGAGCCUGCACGAAAACACACCGAGCACUGGAAGCUGAAAGGCUAAUCUGGAAUCAGACUGUAGGACAAAAACACACAUGCAUUCGGACACUGAAUCCAGACACAUGUAAUUCAUUGGCUUUUGCCAUUUUGUUGUGCGCAGUAUGUUCCAGCUAAGCAGAAAUGAUGCAAACAUGCCUUUUUCAUUGGUGUAAGGUUUAUAUUGCAGUCUUUAUGGAAAUAAAUGUAAAAUAAAAACUUUGCGAUAACAAAUGGGGUAAAAAGUAUAUCUUCUUCUAAAAGGUCACAACCAGUUGUCCUGUCUGCCUUCUGUUGCAUGACACAUUUUUCUUACAACUGCUUUAAUCUUGACAGCAUGACUUGCAUGUGUUAACAACUCAUCUUAAAGUUAUGUUGUUGGGUUUUUUUUUAAUUUGUGUUGUAUCCAAAAAGUCAGGAGGAUGGGCCCUCACAAAGACACUGUCUGUACUAGGCUCUGUCUAAAAGUAUUCUUUGCUUACUAAAAAAAUCUACGACUCCACUUCCCAUCACUCCUAUCAUGAAGCUUAGACACUUUGGCCUCAUUUUAUGAAGUUGUAAUCAUAAAUCGGAGCAUUCUGUUGGUAGUUGGAUGAAUAAAGUCCUGGAUGUUA